CAGCGGCUGUUUGUCGGCCCCGACGAUGAAGCUCCGCUACGCCUGCUCCGUUUGCGGUAAGACGUUCGAGUCGUACCAAGCACUCGGCGGGCACAAGUCGAGCCACCGCCGGCCCGUGGGCCCGGUCCAAGCCUGCAAACCCUCGUCGGGACUCACCGGGCCUGAUGAUUCGGGCCAGGUUGGGCCCCACCGGUGCUCCGUUUGCCGCCGGAGCUUUAUGACGGGGCAGGCGCUCGGCGGCCACAAGCGCUGCCACUACUGGGAGGGGGCGUCUACGUCGUCGUCCUCGGUGGCACCGUCGGGUUCGAGCAUGAGGGAUUUUGAUCUCAAUUUGCCGCCGCCGACGGCGGCAGAGAUUGGUGCAAGACGAUGGAUGAAUAAGGAGGACGAAGAGGAAGUGCAGAGCCCUCUUGCUGUUAAGAAGCCACGGUUGCCGAGUUCUGCUUGAGUUUCUUUUUUAUAAUAAAAAAACAGAGCUUUUUUACUUGAUUUUUUUUUUCUUUUAUUUGUUUAGAGAGAGUGAUGAUUCUUUUAUUUGUUUGGAAUUUUAAUUCUUGUACAUCAGGGUAUGAAAAAGAAGUACAAAAGUAAGGGCCCAUUUGACAACAUUUCCAGUGGUUCCUUCAUCUGGGUGUUUUCUUGUUCA